UCAUUGUAUUCAGCAGAUUCUGGAGGCAGUGCUUCAUUGUCAUCAGAUGGGAGUCGUUCACAGGGACCUCAAGGUAAGAUUUAAUAAGGAAUAAAUUAAAAGACACAGACGGUAUUUGGCACAGUCACAGACUGUUUAUCCACUGCAAUAUACUAACUUUGAUGACAUUGUUGUCAUUUGAUUGUGUAUCAAAAUUCCGUUAAACACAUUGGAUUUGAAUUUAAAGAAACUAUACCCAGAAUCUUUAGAUUAUAUAUUUGUUUGAUAUUUUCAUUCAUUGAAAUACAUUUCAACCAUUCAUUUUAGUCAUCCAGACUCUUUAAUUUGAACCUUAAAGCGACAAUCAGCAGUUGAAACAAUAACAAAGCGGUCUGCCUGCCGCUGUUUCGGUAAAAAGCUGAGGGAUGCGGAUGGAGAGACGUAGCCACUCUCAAAUUCAUAGAGGGAGCUAUGGAUGCAAGGAGUCACCAUCCAUGAUAUCAAAAGUAUAGUUUGAACCAUGUUUUGAAGCUAUACAGGGUUUGUUUACGUUUACUUUGCAAACGUUGGAGUAAAACAAGCUUAUAUUUUGGGUUCUGGUGGGGUACGACAGUUGAACUAAGCUCAUAUGAGGCAUUUAUAAGUUAUAUUCUUCAAGAAUCAAUGGGUAUACAGUAUAUCAUUAAUUUGUUAGUCCAAAAAUGGAUGUAGCAACUGCAGAUUACCCCUUUAAGGACACAUCUAUGUAUUCAAUGUUUGCUCAGGCAGCGGACAACAGGCCAUUUGGGCUGUGAUUAGAAGCUUUGUUGCUACUGAAUGGUUCUGAGAGGACCACCUCUGUGAAAUGUGUGACAUAAUUGCACUGUGGUUACAGUGGGGAGGGAGCGUGGGAUGAGAUGGGAUGGGAUGUUAGCAAAUCUGUUUCUAGCCAUCACACCCCCACGCUGUUCUCACAGAGGUCUGAUGGGAAGAGGAGGAGGAGGAGAGGAAGAGGGAGAACUAGUCAUACAACAUAAGGUUUAGUCGGCAGCAUAUGGGCAAAUAAUAACUUUGUCAAUACCUCUGUAGUGCUCAAGUCAUACUUUAUUCAAUUCAGGGACAUUUAUUUUGGGAGGUUCAGCACCACAAGUUCAUAGCAGGUCAGUCCAGGUGGAGCUGGGACUUGAUGGGUGGUUGGUUAGAGAAUCCACCUGUCACCUCCUCUGGUCCCCACAUUGAGUCAGGUGUUACUAAAGACUCCUGACCUGCCUCACCUCAUGACUUCGUCCUCUUGUGUGCCAUAACUCUCUACAGUCUCAACUGCAUUCUUAAACUGUAUUGAUAUUUUCUCAUGAUGACUUAGUGCUUUAUUGAUUUAUAGUCCAGGCAAAACAUUUAUUAAAACCGAUUUUGAUAAUACAACGUGCUGUAGCGGUCAAUCAGUAUACAUAUUUAUUUUCUCAUCAUCAUGUCCCAUUAAGCCUGAUUAGCUUAAAGGCCACAAUCACCUGAGAUGGUGAUUGCAACUCAAAGUCAUGACUGGGGUUGUGUGACCGUGAUAACACUCUGUUUGGUCCUGUCUGUUCCAAAUGUCUGGAGUCUGGAUGUCACUGCUGACCUGAUUGAAUAGGCAUUCACUUACAAUGCAACAACCAUCAAUCCAUUGUUCUGUUGUCAACUUGUCAUGUACAGUACAUGUACUUCAUAUCUCAAUGUCAGCUCGAGGGACCCUUAAAAGAGUGUGGUUUCUCAUUUACAGUAAAAGCGGCAACAAACCCUCACACCAUCUCCAUCAUAUCAGAAAGCAUUGGUGUGUGAUACAGUAUCUGCAAUGUUGUAGUUGUAAUGAAUACUCAGGGAGAAAAAGGUGUAGAUUCACGCACAGAGCGCGGCAGGUGUUUAUUACGCCUUCGCAAAAGGCAGGAAUCGUGGUCACAGGCAGGCAAUGGUCAUACACAGGUAGGCAAACAAGCAGGAGAAUCAAAACUAGGACUGAAGGCUAUAACUGGUUCUCACAAACGAGCUAUGAAAAGGCUUAGUAGAGUCAAAACGAACAAUACCUCACAAGGCACAAACAGAAUGAACUGAACUAAAUAAGGAGCUAAUGAGACCAGGUGAGUAACAAACACAGGUGAAAUGAAAGAGGGCUAUGUUCAAGAACACAAAGAAACAGGGCUACGUUCAAGAACACAAGGUUGACUAAGAAAAUAAAUACAGAACCUUACAGUAGUGUCAAUGAGGGACAGAUAAAGCACAGGGUUGGUUCCAGUACUGUCCCAUUUAUUAUCACACAUCUUCAAGUGCCGCUAUCCACAACCCCACACUCUUUUUGCCUGGACUUUAAAUCAAUAAAGCACAAAGUCAUCAUGAGAAAAUAUCAAUACAGUUUAAGAAUUUACACAGGCAGCCUGAUUCUGAUCUUUUUUCAACUCAUUGGUCUUUUGACCAAUCACAUCAGAUCUUUUCACAUCAGAUCUUUUUCAGAGCUGAUCUGAAGACCAAUUAAUGAAAAAAAUAUCAAAGUUGGGCUGCCUGUGUAAACGCAGCCUUCUUGUUCAAUCUUUCAAAGGUAAAUUUUUGUUUAUUCCAUCUUUUUUAUAUUUCUUACAGACUGCUUCAGCACUCACACUGUUAUUAACAUCCACUAACACAUUCCUGUACAAAGAUACCCUCCUCCUGCCCCAGAGAUAAAUGUUCCAUUCACAUCGUUUUACAUCUCCCGAGGGAAGGUGGAGUGCUAAAAUGGAUUUGUGUGGGCCGGGAUGUUAAGUGUGUGUGUGUGUUUGUGCGUGUGUGUACGUGUGUGUGUGUGGUGUAUGUCUAUGUGUAUCAGAGGGUAGAUAACAUCUCAUAGCAGUAGCAGAGUGUGUGUGUGUGGGAGGGGGGGGGGGAUUCAUCAGAGCUCUGUAAUGCUGCAACCACAAAAAACAAAAACGGAACACUAUUCAAUUAGGCCCAGAAUCAUGUCUGUCUGCCACCGUAUUCCUGCUUGUGCUCAGGUCUCUUGUCUCCUCUCACUGACUGAUUGGCUAUUCUCUCUUUGUACCCAGCCUGAGAACCUUCUGCUUGCCUCCAAGUCCAAGGGAGCUGCAGUGAAGCUGGCAGACUUCGGCCUGGCCAUCGAGGUUGAGGGGGAACAACAAGCCUGGUUCGGUAAUGGC